UCAGUUCAACACCGACACUGGAACCUUUCGGUACACUAAUUUCGAAAUAAAUAUUUUUGAAAUUUCGGCCUUUUUUCCUAUUUUCGUGUAACACGAGUAAUCUCAUACCAAAUCAUCAUGUUUGGAUAUACGUGCUAUCCUGGCGCCUGCAUUGGAAUUUGUGGUGGUAGUGCACCUGGUGGUUAUUAUGAUCCCUGCUUUGGGUCAUUCAACGGACCAUUUAAUAGCUGGUGGGGUCCAAGCGGACCCGGUUUCUGGACUGGACGAUUGUGUUGAAAACGCUGGGCGUUUUACUUUUUGUCUUGAAUUACACUGAAUUAACUGGCUUCUAAAUUUGGAUGAGGCGGUGAUGGGAUCUCGGUUGCAGAAGAAAUCUAGGGAGAAAAGCUUACGGCUACUAUCAUGUGUAGCUCUCAAAAUUAUUUAUGUCCAUAGAAUACAGCGUCAAGAUAAUGUUACCGCACACUAAAUAUAUAAUUUCAUAAAAA